UGGUGACGCAGCAGCUCCGUCCCCGCCCUCCCUCCAGCAGUCAUAUCACAGUCCGUGAUUCUUCACUCCGCGUUGGAAGAUGGCUACAGAGGACCGGACCCCGGUCAAUGAAGGGAUCCGGAUAUUUGUGUUGUGCGUGUUUUGGUACACGGUGAGCUCGGGAGGCAACGUGGUGAACAAAAUCAUCCUAAAUGGGUUUCCAUACCCGGUCACAGUCUCUCUGUUUCAUAUUUUGUCUAUCGUCGUCUUUUUGCCGCCGUUGUUGCGGGCAUGGGGAGUCCCUAAGAUAGAACUGCCGAGCAGGUAUUAUCGAUGGUACAUCCUGCCUUUGGCUUUCGGAAAAUACUUCGCAUCUGUGUCGGCUCACUUCAGCAUAUGGAAAGUGCCCGUUUCGUAUGCACACACCGUCAAAGCCACAAUGCCAAUAUGGGUUGUGCUGCUAUCAAGAAUUAUCAUGAGGGAGAAGCAAACAACGAAGGUGUACAUUUCUUUAAUUCCCAUCAUCGGUGGAGUGCUGCUGGCCACAGUGACUGAGCUCUCCUUUGAUGUCUCAGGAUUAAUCAGUGCGCUGGCUGCAACUCUCUGCUUCUCUCUGCAAAACAUUUUCUCCAAAAAGGUGUUGCGAGACACAAAGAUCCACCACUUGAGGCUGCUGAAAAUUUUGGGCUUUAAUGCUGUAAUCUUCAUGCUGCCCACUUGGGUUCUGGUGGACCUUUCUGUGUUUCUUGUAAAUGGAGACCUGUCGGACGUCUCUGAAUGGUCGGGCACCUUCGUCCUUCUCCUCAUCAGCGGCUUUUGUAAUUUCGCCCAGAAUGUGAUCGCCUUCAGUGUACUUAACCUCGUCAGUCCUCUCAGCUACGCUGUUGCUAACGCCACCAAGAGGAUCAUGGUUAUCAGCAUUUCUUUACUGAUGUUGCGCAACCCCGUCAGCUUCUCAAAUGUCUUGGGUAUGAUGACGGCCAUCGGUGGAGUCUUCCUGUACAACAAGGCCAAGUAUGACGCUAACAAGCAGAAGAAACUCUUGCCGACCACCAACCAGGACUUUGACAACCCAGUGCUGGAGAAGCUCCAAGCCAACGGGUCAGUGCCUUUCCCCCACGGUCUAGAGGAGCAGCACAACUGGAACAACGUGCUGACCGACCACUUCCAGUACAGCCGGCAGACCUACACGUCAAACUACGGCGGCAAACCCCAGUACGUGGUGUAGUGGAGUCUGUCCUGGCCGUGGGCAGCCGUCAUAGACAUUACUGUGUGGAGACGGUCCCUCCCAGCAACGGGUCGUCUCAUCCAGAAGAAAAGGAGAAAGGUUAGAGAGUUAAAAGCGCCCUCGUUCUUUUUACAACAUUAGAACAUUAUUUAUUACUUUGGUACCUACUUUUUUAGCAUAGCUUGAUGAAAAAACAAACAAAAAAAUGAAUCAGCCACGUUGUGCUGUGACAAAGUCUAUCACAGUUAAUUGAUUAGUUUAAAUCGUUCUUUUUUUUUUUUUGUUUCAGCCUGAGUUAAUCUUUGCUUGUUUUCAGUUUUGUAGUCAGUUAACUGUUUACGUCAAGUUGCACCAAAAAGCGGGUUUGACGUGCGACCUUUGAUACAAAAUGACAAAAAAAUAUAUAUAUAUUGACUGUUAGUUUACUUUAUGAAGCUUUCCAUUAGCUUUGAAAGAAAAGACGGUAAAUAGAAGUCCAGAGGCUUUUUGUAAAGCUUGUUGGGGGCCGUGUGCAGACGGCUGGAGAAAAUGACCGGUUGGUUGGAGCAUUGUUUUGAUGUCAACGCAUGUUUUAAAAUCAGAUGUUGGAUAAAAUGUAAAAAGAAAAACUCCUUUCUACAGAUAUGAUCAAGUUGUAGCUUAUUUUCCUGCCGAGGUUUGCAGAACUCAUGAAUGUGAAGUUUAUCUGAACAGAAUACAGUUGAGUCAAAAGUUUGACAAUUACAUUUUGCUUUUCCCUCAUAGCUGCAUAAUUAGCUUUGAUUGGCAUAUCAUAGCCUGUUCACUAUCUGAACAAGUGAUCAUUGGAUACCUAGCUUUACAUGCUCCAGCUCAACAUCACUUUUACUGCAUUUUGAUGAAAUUCUCUGUAAAACUUUCAGUCUUUCCAGUCUUAUGCUUUACAUCACUUAGUAACUCUGUAAACCGAGUUGACUGAAGACUUCCAGCAUCCACCGCCUGCUCUCAACAUGCUAAAGAGUUUGAAGACUUUUCUCCACGUCUGCUAUAAACUGAGGAUGAAAAACGCUUUUGCACAUUAGGAUUUUAUUAUGCGAAGAGGUACAACCUGAACAAAGCUGACUCAUACAAA